AAUUACCAUUAGAAACUCACACACAAAAGUGGAUGAUCCGUGGUUCAAACCCGAUCACUACGUAAGGUCUAGCAAUUUCGGCAUCUUUGUCAGGGGUUUAAACUCCGAUCACAACAUUCGACCUAACAAUUUUGAUAUCUUUGCCACUUGAGUUGGAACUUGUUGACAAUUGUAAAUACUAUAUAAUAGGCUACAUUGCCACUUGAGUUGGAACUUGUUGACAAUUAUCAAUACUAUUUAAUAAGCUACAAAUUGAAUAUUCAAGUAUUGUUGGAGAAAAACAACUAUUAAUACUCAAAGUCAGUGACUCAACUAUGAGACACUCUCUUUGUCUCUGAACAUCUACCUUUCUGGAAUGGGGAGAAAAUCUUCAUUGCAACUAAAUAUUCUUUGCUUCAAUAUUGUCCUGUUAUUGUUGGCAUGGUCAAGAGUGAAAAGAAGCCACUGCUUAGUGACACAAAGGUCUGUUAUGAGCAUAGGUGCUGUGCUUGAUUUGGUUUCAUUAAUGGGAAAGCAUCAGAAGAUAGCAAUGGAAAUCGCAGUCAAAGAGUUCAACAACCACAUGAGUUCGUGCAAGCUGGAUUUGCAAUAAAAAAUUCACAUGGAAAUUCUGCUCAAGUUAUUUCAAGUGUUAUGGAUCUCUCACGGAGAAACCAGGUGCUGGCCAUUGUAGGAACGAUUACACACAACGAAGCAACAAUUGCUAGUGAACUCAACGACAACAUAAAGAACACUCCUAUCUUGUCUCUAACUUCAUUUGCUGGCAGACAAGAAUUAUUAUCUCCUAGAUUGCCACAUUUCAUCCAAUUAGGAGAUGAUAUUAACCAUCACAUCCAAUGCAUUGCAGCAAUUGUAGGAGAAUUCAGAUGGAAAAAGGUGACAGUAAUUUAUGAACAUAAUAAUGACGACUUUUCCUCUGAUCCAGAAAUAAUACUUUGUCUCUCUAAUUCUCUCAAACUUGUUGGUUCUGAAAUUGAAAGCCAUUUAGCUUUUCCUUCUUUAUCCACACUUUCAGACGCAGAAUCUACAAUUGAAAAUGAGCUUAAUAAGUUGAAAAGGAAGAGUAAUAGGGUCUUCUUGAUUGUUCGUUCUUCUUUAGAGUUGGCUAAUAUUAUUUGUGAGAAAGCAAAACAAAUAGGUUUGAUGGAAAAAGGUUCGGUGUGGAUUAUCCCGGAUGAGGUUGCUGGCCUACUUGAUUCAGUUAACUCUUCUGUUAUCUUCAACAUGCAAGGUGUUGUUGGAUUUAGAACACACUUCAUAGAAAUGAAUAAGGCUUUCAGAAAGUUUAAAUUCCUAUUCCGAAGAAAGUUUGCACUAGAAUACCCUGAAGAAGAUAGCGUUAACCCAAGUAACUUUGCACUUCAAGCAUAUUAUGCAGCUAAAGCUAUUGCUGAAGCUGCAAAUAAAUUAUCACAAGGAAAGUUCAGACUUGAACAAUUCUCAGAAAAGAUUUUGUCUAGUAAAUUUGAAAGACUGAGCGCAAAGACUUUCUCCAAGAAUGGACAAUUUCUCCAAUCACCAACCUUCAACAUAAUUAAUGUGAUUGGGAAAAGUUAUAGAGAAUUGGCACUUUGGUCUUCAACACUUGGUUUUUCAAAGAACAUAGUUAGACAUCAAGUGAUGGAGACGACAAACGCAACUAAUGAUUCUAAUGGAGUUUUCAGCACAGUUUAUUGGCCUGGAGAUUUUCAAUCAGUUCCCAAGGGAUGGAUUCACAGUAACGAGGAUAGGUCAUUGAAAAUAGGAGUGCCUGCCAAUGGUGUCUUUACUCAGUUUGUGAAUGUAACGCAUGACAGUAGGAAUGGAACUUUGAUAACAGGUUUCUCUAUCGGCGUCUUCAAAGUAGUUGUCGAACGUUUACCUUAUGAUUUACAGUACAAGUUUAUCCCGUUCAAUGGCUCAUACGAUGAAAUGGUUUAUCAGGUCUACAAUAAGACAUUGGAUGCUGCAGUUGGUGACACAGCCAUAGUGGAAUACAGAUAUCAUUUAGUGGACUUUUCACAACCAUAUGUUGAAUCUGGCCUCCAGAUGGUGGUUACUGAGCAACCCGUAAAAUCAAAAGAAACAUGGAUGUUUUUGGAUGCCUUUACAAAAGAGAUGUGGCUGAUGAUAGCAGCUAUGCAUAUUUUUGUAGGUGUUGUUAUUUGGUUGAUUGAACGGGAAGCUAACCCAGAUCUUAGGGGUUUUGGAUCGAUGCUUUGGUUUUUAGUCACAGUACUAUUUUAUGCACAUAGAGAACCAAUAAGAAAACCAUUAGCUCAAGUUGUACUGACACCAUGGUUAUUUGCUAUUUUCAUUGUGACAAAUAGUUUCACAGCAAGUUUGACAUCAAUAACUAUUUCGCAAGUAAAACCAUCGGUGUUAGAUAUCCAGACUCUUAAAGAAAGAAAUUCACCAGUCGGGUGUAAUGGAAAUUCCUUUAUUGUGAAGUAUCUGACUGACGUAUUAAAGUUUAAGCCUGAGAAUAUUAGGAAAAUAAAUUCCAUGAGUGACUACCCUGCUGCCUUUGAGAAGAAGGAAAUUGAAGCCGCAUUCUUUGUUGCGCCUCAUGCUAAAGUAUUUCUAGCAAAGUACUCGUGUAAGGGCUUCAUCAAAGUGGGGAACGUUUUCAGGCUUGGCGGCUUUGGUUUUGUAUUCCCAAAAGGUUCAAGUCUAGUUGCUGACAUAUCAGAGGCAUUGCUGAAUAUGAUAGAGAGCGGAGAAACAUAACAGCUCGAAAAAAAUAUGUUGAACGAGAUAGAGAGUGAAAGCAAAGUCAAUUGUUCUUCUUCAGAGAGCAACAAGGGGAAAGAUAAUUCAUCGAUAGGCCUUCCGCCUUUCCUUGGUCUGUUUUCGAUCUGUUCUACUUUUGCUAUUCUUGCUUUGUCAUAUCACAUGAUUUGUUUGUUAGUGAAGAAUGUAGAAACUUUGAGAAGACACACAAUUUUAGCAUUAACAUGAUUAUGGAGAUGUACAACCAAGUUUUUUGCUUGGUGUUGUUUGAAACUCCAAUCAAGAAUCUUAAGAAGAGUAAGAAAUAACACAGAAACAAGAAAUGCAUCAGAGGAGAAUGUCACUAAUAGCCAGCAAAUUCUAGUAGUGGUUGAGUUUGUUGAUAAUGUACUGGCUGCGCAUGCUUCAUGAAAAAUGUUUGUACAAUAUAUUAUGCCAAUACAUUUUAAGAUAUUA